AUGUCCGUAUCAGCCUCGAUUCCCGACACCUCGCUUGGCCUCACCUCCUCCGAGAUCCAGAUCCUCCGACAACAACAGCAGAUUGCGCUUCAGGGUGGUCAUGCUGGCAGCGGGAUUUCCAGGGGCAGAGGGACGGGGAGGACCAGCAACUCAAGUUCGCGCGCUGCCAGUGCGGCCAGCAGUCAUGGCCGAUUGCUGUUGGAUCCUAUGAGUCUCAGGGCGCUUUCGUUUCAGCUGGAUGGUCUGCAGGAACAAAUCCGGAAUCGCAUCGAUUAUCUAGAGGAACAAAUGAAUAUAUCAAUCCAGAAUACCUACGAUCGCGCCGGAAAUGUGGUCCACAAUGCGGAUGUUGAAAUCGCUCGCACCCGUUCAAUUCUUGCCUCAGUUGACGACUUGGAAAAUGAGCUUGCCAAAAUCGCACAUAUCAGAGAAAUCGUGAAACAAUACCGUGGGAGAAUCGAAAGUCUUGAUCAGCGUCUUGACCAAGCUGCUCGUCGCAGACAUUAA